CGAAUCGCAAUCGUUUCCUGUAAACAUAUCGGUUAUACCUGAUAAAAUAGUCAAAACAAUAAUACAAAUACACUAUUGAAAAGUAGAGAUUCUAGCAAAUAACUGAACAUAGGAAACGUAACGAUGAAUUGAUAACUGAGAGAGCAAUAGUCCUGUAAAAAUAAAUCUAACAUUUUACGACCGCGGUUACCGUAAUUCUGAAACAGUUGUCGACCGUGGCAUUAAAUGUGUUAAAAACAUAUUUAAUUUCUUUUCAAAUAAUAAUUGUAAUGCCACCAUCAAUAGUAAUCUGUAAUUUUGUUUAUCUCCAUAAUACCACAGACUAUAUGAAAAUUUUCAUAUAGUCUGUGAUAAUACUUAUUUUUCUUUAUCUAUUACAAAACUGUAUAGUUUUAUGAAUUAAAACUUGUGAUUGUGGAAAAUUUUUUUUUUCACAAACUGAAAUACUCCAUAAAUUAAGCAAUUAUAUAAUUAAAUAGGCAUAUUUUAUACUUUCCUGUAAAAAUAUAUUUAUGUAUUUUACAUCAUUAAUUAGAAAAACUCCUUACAAUAAUUUUAAAGUCAAAAUAUCUAAGUUAUUUAGAAAAAUGUACUCAAAUAUACAUACACCUUUAGAAGACCAAAUAGCUAUUAUAACUGCAUCAACUGAAGGAAUUGGUUUUGCUACUGCAAAACAUUUGGUAAAAAAUGGAGCUUCUGUAAUGAUAAGUAGUCGAAAAGAAAGUAAUGUAAAAAAAGCUGUUGAAACUCUUCAAAAAGAGUUUGGAAAGACUAAAGUGCAUGGCGUUGUCUGUCAUGUAUCCAAAAAAGAAGAUAGGCAAAAACUUAUUGAUGAAACAGUAAAAAAAUUUGGUGGUAUUAGUAUACUUGUGUCAAAUGCUGCAACUAACCCUGUAUCUGGCUCAGUAUUGGAUUGUCCAGAUGAAAUAUGGGACAAAAUUUUUGAUAUUAAUGUAAAAAGUGCAUUUUUAUUGACUAAAGAAAUUGCUCCUCAUAUAAUAUCUAGAGGUGGCGGUUCAAUUGUUUAUGUAGCUUCAAUUUCUGGUAUUAAUCCUAUGCCGAUGCUAGGAGCGUACUCAGUUAGUAAAACAGCUCUUCUUGGUCUAACCAAAGUAGUUGCAGCAGAUCUGGCCGUACAUAAUAUACGAGUAAAUUGUGUUGCCCCUGGUAUCAUUAAAACAAAGUUUGCAUCAGCUCUAACAGACAAUGAAUCACUAAGUGAAUACUUACUCCAAACUAUGCAUAUGAAGCGUUUUGGUCAUCCAGAUGAAAUUGGAUCAAUAGUAUCAUUUUUAUGUUCUUCAUCUGCUUCAUAUGUAACUGGAGAAGUUAUUGUUGCUUCAGGUGGUAUGACGUCUAGACUGUAAUUUUGGAUUUUAAGCAUAGAAUAUAUUAUAAAAAUGUGAAGCGAGUUCAAUUUUAUUUACUAUUUAUUCAGUAAGUAAUUUUUAAAUAAUAAUAUAUUGUAGGUGGCUUAUAACUUUGUUAAAAUCGUAGUCUGAUAAACAAAAAUUUGUUCUUUAGAAACUAAGAUAAUAAUCAUUGAAAAGUGUUAUGUUAUCAAUUAUGUUAAUUUCUAUUGUAUAAUUAACUUUUAAUUUAAUUCUUUAUUUUUUUACAAUUCAAUAAAGCAAAAUUUAUAUACCCUUUAA